AUGCAAAGGGCCUUAACUCUCGACGGCCCCUCUCAAUGCGAGGAGCCCACGAUCGACGCGCCUUCGCGUCCCUCGCAUCGCGCUCACCGCCCGCACGUGACUCACUACCCGGGCAACCUCAAUUCCCUGCGGCUCAGCUUGUCCAGUGGCUGUGUCGCAAAGCCUCCCUCGGUCUUGGAUCUGACCUUCGUUGACCCUGACUCUUGA